CACCCAGUCUAUGGAUAAACUAGGCAGUGUCAUAAUACCAAGUGAUGAAGUUACUAAGGUGGGAGGUCUCUAUCUUGGUGGUUAUAGACCGUCAAUUAACAGACAGUUUCUGCAAAGCCAGCAUAUUACACAUAUUCUUAAUGCUGCCGCAGGAUUGGUGAACUUUUUUGGACCAAAAUAUGAGGUAAGAAACUACGGAUACCUGAAAUUUACAAGGAGAAAUUCGAGGUUUCGAGCGAAGGCCUUUCGUCGUUUGCUGUAUAACUUCCCGUCGAAGGAACUUCGCUCGAAACGUCGAAUAGGCAAUACCAGUUAUAGACGAAAUUUUGAUUCAAUCAUAAACCUAUUAGGGAUUGCUAUAGACGAUGAAUUAAAGUUUGUGAAACACAUUAGAGAUAUAUGUAGUAAGGGAGGGAAAAAGGUGGGGGUACUUAUGAGGUUCAGGAACUUGAUACCGACUGAAGCCAAAUUAAGAAUCUUUAAAGCUUUUAUACUACCCCAAAUAACCUACUGUCACAUAGUAUGGCAUCACUGUUUGUCAUCAGACAGAAGGAAAAUAGAGCCAUUACAAGAGCGAGCACUUAGGGCCAUAUAUUGUGAUAGGAGCAGCUCGUAUGAAGAUCUCUUAAGGAAAGGCAAACUUCCUACAUUGUACAAUCGUAGACUCCAGGACAUAGCCAUAGUUAUGUAUAAAGUGAACAAUAAUCUAGCACCCUCUGAUGUAUGUAAUCUUUUCAAACACAACACCAGCAAUUACAAUCUUAGGAAUGUAAGUGAUUUCUCCAUACCUAGAUUUAACACGGUUACGUAUGGGAAACACAGCUUGAGGUAUAUGGGCCCGUUCAUUUGGUCAAAGAUCCAUAAGUCCAUAAAAACGGCUAUAUCCUUAGAUACGUUUAAAAGACACAUACGGCAAAUGGAUAUAGCCGACUUAAUUUCCAAUAGUUGUACUAAUUGCUAUUUAUGCAACAAUUAAUCGACACUAAUUAUAGAUAUUUGUUAUAAUAUAUUUAUUCUGUUUAUAUAGUUAAUAGUAGUUAAUAUAGGUAGGUGUCCCCAAUUAGUUUCUUUGUAAACUAGAAUUUAUUUGACACAAUAAUAAAGUUUUUGAUUGAUUGAUUGAUUGAUUGAUCUCUGCUAGAAGAACAAAAACCAUUACCAUUUACCACAGCUAGAAAGAGCAUGUCAAAAUUAGUAAAAUUGCAAAGUUUGGCCGCGAAAUGUUGUAAAAUGAGGAAAAUAUAGCCCUGCAAAAUUUGCAAAUUUUGUAUUAAUUUGUAUUACGCCCUACCAACGAAAGCUUGUUAACAGUCACAACUGGCCAUUUGACAUCUGUGAAAAUUUCUCAGAAAAAAAUGCAUGGGAUAGAAAAUACAGCAUGCACAUGUAUUGGACAGAGAAUUAUGAACAGCGUGGCCAUGCUCAUGAUGAUUUUUUGCAAAAGAUUUCCGUCAAUACAGAAGAUAAACUUUUUAAAUAUACUUACCACAUAAUUAAUAUAAACAGAGAUACCCUUAAGAAACAUUAGAAAAUUUACUGUCCCUAAAUGUAAUACAGUCAGACUGUUUUAAAAACUCUUCGUUUAUAAAUAUUACAACUAGUCGCUAUACAGGGUGUCUCAAAAAAACCCAAAAUCAUUGAAAUUGACGUAUUGUUCGAUAUUCAAUGCCCUAGCACUAAGUUAAUCCCACGAGUGCAUAAAAGAUUGACAUAACUGCUAUAAUGAAUGGUAAUACUCAGCGUAAACCUGUUAUGUCAGGCAUAAAGUACUAAACCCACGAAUGCAUAUUACGCAUAUUACAAUUUACGAAGCAUUUUUAAAUUCCCAUGAGCAAACAAACGUUCACUUUACAAAGAUAUUUUAAUUUUUUAAAACAAAUUAAUCACCCUGUCAAAAUCCUUUGUGUUACGGCAUUGAAAUUCGAACAAUACGUUAUUUCAAUGAUUUUGGUUUUUUUUGAGACACUCUGUACAGGGUGUAUAAGAAAAAAGGUAAUCGAACUUUAGCGCGCUAUUUUAUCUGAAUUACUCUGCGUAUGAACGAGAUUUUUUCACAUUCGGAAAGAUCAUGCUUUUAGCUGUUGAAUGAUAUCUUCUUCAUGCCAAAUGGAUAAAAAGUGAGCAAAUACGAAUCCGAUAAAAAAUGUUAGUCAGAAUCGCAUGUUUUCACCAUUGAAAAUGAACCCCUUUUAGGACUUAAGUUGAUGAAUUUCACUUCAUUAAACUGCACACAUAUUCAUAUUUAUUAUUAAGUAGGAAUAAAUCUUAGCUAACGUUCGUGAUUAAUUGCUUUUUCUUUUGUUAUGCAUUGUUUUAAUUAGGCACAGAGGUGAAAAUAUGCGAUUUUGACUAACAUUUUUAAUCGGCCUCAUACAUGCUUAUUUUUUCUUCACUUGGCAUGAAAAGCAUGUCAUUCAAUAGCUAAAAGCCUGAUCUUUCCGAAUAUGAAAACCAAUUGUUCAUACGCCGAGUAAUUCACGUAUAAUAGCGCGCUGAAGUUCGAUUACCUUUUUUUUAUACACCCUGUAUAAUGCGUUUUAUUGUAAAUAGCAAAUAAUUUUUGUAAAUAGUUAAAAAAAUCUUCUUAACUGUAAACCUUAUCAAUUCAGUAUACACUACAAGUCAAGGUAUUGAAUAAAACCAUAUAUCUAUCUACCUACUGUUACACUCGCUUUGCCUCGAAAAGACAAAAUUCAAAUUGUUGUUGUUCAGUGAUUUAUAGAGUAUACAAUGUUUUUUACUUUCUUUUCAUUUUUUACUCGCAUUAGAAUUCAGUCAAAACAAUCGUCAGUGAGCUGAAUAUUGAAUAUCUCACAUUAUUCUGGGACGAUGAUGCCGAGUUUGAGAUCCCCAUUGAUGAUGUCAUGAAAGGAUUAUCGUUUAUCCAUAAUGGCCGAACAAAUGGAAAUGUAUUGGUUCACUGUGCUCAGGUGAGAUGCAUGCAUUUUGUGGGAUUAUGAAUCAAAACUAUUGCUAGAUAUAGCCCUCAGCUUCCUAUUCGACAUAAUCAUCUAUCCCGCGAAGAGUUGUAUUUAUGGGAACUAUUAUCACGAGUCCACGACUAACUUUUUCACCCUUAAUUCAUAUAUUAAAUGUCAUUUUUGUAUGUCAUGUGCGUAAAUAUUUUAGGGAAAAUCUCGUUCAUCAACUAUGGUCGUGGCUUAUAUUAUGGCAUUUAUGAAACUUUCUUGGGAGAAAGCGUUAGAACUUGUUCAAGAAAGAAGGAAAAUGGCGCAACCAAAUCCAGGUUUCUUAAAACUGUUAGCACGCCUUAACAGUGAAGACAAAUUUAUUAAUUUUAGUAAAGAAUUAGGUAGCCACGACGAAUAAUAAAUUAUAAUCCAAUCGUAUCAAUUGCAUGCAUCAAUCGCCACAUUAUAUAAGUCCAGGGCUGCAAAUAAAUAUUUCUUUAGGACAGGACAUAUAUCUGACCAAUUUCCAAUUUGGCCCUACAUAACUCAACUUUGGUCGAGCACAUCAUUUUGUAGUUGUUACGUGCUUAUAUGAUUUGUUAUUUAACUUCAC